AUGCUUACGAAUUAUUGCGGAGAAGAGGGCGACAAGUGUCUUCUGAAAGCUGCAGUUGUCUGCUCCAAUCCCUUCAACUUGGAGGUGGUCAGUCGUGCCCUGUUACGAACAUAUAUUGGUAAAUUCGCCUAUUUAAGGGCCAUGGGAGACUACGACCUAAUUAUGAACACCACAACUCUAACAGAGUUUGACACAGAGGUCCACUGCAAGCCUUGGGGGUAUCCUACCGUUUUCUCAUAUUACCGCGAUGCCUCUUCAAGCGACUCAGUCCUUGCAAUCAAAAUCCCGUUCUUAGCUCCGCACGCAGUAGACGACCCCAUUGCAGUGAAUGAAGCUGUACCUUACGAAGAAUUUUGCAAAAACCCUCCCACGAUUCUCUGUACAACUUCGCUUGGUGGUCAUCUCGGCUGGUUUGAAACUAAUGGAGAUCGCUGGCACGCCAAGCCAGUGAGAGACUUCCUAAACAGGUUUGCCUUCGAUAUCGAUUUUAACCAUAAAGCUCAAGACAAUGAUUGUAAAAUUAAAAGUCCCAAGCAAUCAAUGUGUUUUGAUCCAAUGAGAAGAAAAGUCAAUACAUAG